CAGGGACUUGGGAUUUGCCAUGGAACGGAUAUGGUUGCUGCUCCUUCUAGCGGUUAGAGUGCUUCCAGGGUCUGCUCAGUUCAACAGUUACAACUGCGAUGCCAACCUCCACAGCAGAUUUCCUGCGGAAAGAGACAUCAGUGUCUACUGUGGAGUGCAAGCCAUUACAAUGAAGAUUAAUUUUUGCACAGUCCUUUUUUCGGGUUAUUCUGAAACAGAUUUGGCACUGAAUGGAAGGCAUGGGGAUUCCCACUGCAGGGGUUUCAUCAAUAACAACACCUUUCCAGCAGUGGUCAUUUUCAUCAUUAAUCUCAGCACCUUGGAGGGUUGUGGAAACAACUUAGUGGUGUCCACAAUUCCUGGUGUCGGUGCUUCUGGAAAUGCAACUUCAGUACAGAUAGGAAAUAUUUCAGGAUAUAUUGAUACUCCAGACCCACCAACAAUCAUCAGCUAUCUUCCUGGGCUCCUUUACAAAUUUAGCUGUAGUUAUCCAUUGGAAUACCUGGUUAAUAACACCCAGCUUGCUUCGUCCUCAGCUGCUAUUUCUGUGAGAGAGAACAAUGGGACAUUUGUCAGCACUUUGAACUUGCUCCUUUAUAACGAUUCAACCUACAGAGAGCAAUUAAUUAUCCCAAGUAUAGGAUUACCUUUGAAAACCAAAGUAUUUGCAGCUGUGCAAGCUACUAAUCUGGAUGGAAGAUGGAAUGUUUUAAUGGAUUAUUGCUAUACAACCCCAUCUGGGAAUCCAAAUGAUGAUACUCGGUAUGAUCUCUUCCUUAGCUGUGACAAAGAUCCUCAGACCACCGUCAUUGAAAAUGGCAAAAGCCAGCGGGGCCGGUUUUCAUUUGAAGUGUUCCGUUUCGUGAAACACAAGAAUCAGAAGAUGUCCACGGUCUUCCUGCACUGCCUCACGAAGCUCUGCAGAGCUGACGACUGUCCCCUCCUCAUGCCAAUUUGCGGCCACAGAAAGAAGAGAGAUGCUGGGAGCAGGACAACGUGGGUUCCUCAGAGCACUUCCGGAAACGCGGUGCUGUCUGCUGGUCCCAUCAUCACUCGGAGCGAUGAGACUCCAACCAACAAUUCACAGCUUGGUUCCCUGAAUAUGCCUCCCUUCCAGCUGAAUGCCAUCACCAGCUCCCUGAUAUCAGGAAUGGUCAUUCUGGGAGUCAUGAGCUUCUCCCUCCUCUUAUGCUUGCUGACCCUGCUACACAGAAAGGGAUCCAGCAGCUUAGUAUUGAAUGGUGUGAGAAAUCCUGUCUUUGAGUGA